AUGACGACAAAUUACAGAACUGCGUAUGACCUAGAAACAAAUGAUUGUUAUCAUCCAAAAAAGCGUAAUGUAAUGUGGACUCUUGCCCUUCUUAGGAAACGCGAAGGUUUCAAAGGUGUGCCAGUCAGCAAAGGACGUCUGUUCGACGUGGACCGUCACUUUGUGCGACGAAAACGUCGCGCCGCCGGCUUCGACGAACGACGCCGAUCGGCUGGCGUGCGCGGAGUCGCGCGCGACUGCGGCGUCGCCUGCCAUCUGCGACUGCGCAGCGUCGACCUCAUCUACGUCGUGCACCUGCAUCGAUGGCGUCAGCUGGCCAUACCGCACAACAAAUCACUGCCAGUUGUUGAAAACGCGGACGUGGUGCCGCUCGUUCAGUACCUCGACAGCGACUCGUCGGCGCGAGCGCGACUCUCGCGCGCCGCCAGCGAUUGUAUAUACCGAGCACGAGUCGUCAACGCCGAAGACUCGAGCAUUGUCAACCUCUGCGACAGUGACAAUGGCCUGUAUGGCCUACUCGCCCUGCCGGAUGGAGUGUACACUGUUGAGCCGAUCUAUGACCCACAGGCCGGCACAGGCCCAUCGCGACACCGACCACAUCUCGUCCAUCGCUUUCAGUCACAGAAAUUUCAUCCUCAUUUUGAUGACCUCACAACGGAUACCGUUGUUGAGCUUGUCGACAAUCGGACGAGUUACGUCGAUACCACAUGGGAAGAUAUACUCGAACGACAGACCCGAUCUCGCAGAUCUGCCAAUUCUUGGGACCACUAUGUUGAGGUCCUGGUUGUGGCGGACUACAAAAUGCACGAAUACCAUGGAUAUAAUCUCGAAUCAUAUAUACUUACCCUAUUUUCUACUGUAGCUUCAAUUUAUCGUCAUCAAUCAUUACGAGCAUCUAUCAAUGUUGUGGUUGUGAAGAUUAUCAUCCUCAAACAUGAGAAUGCUGGUCCUCACGUCACAUCAAAUGCCCAAGACACUUUACAACAGUUUUGUCGAUGGCAGCAGCUGUACAACGAUCGCGACGAGGACAGUCCCAAUCAUCACGACGUCGCCAUUUUGCUAACCAGAGGAGACAUCUGCAGGGCACCAGGAAAAUGUGACACACUUGGAUUAGCGGAGCUGGGAACGAUGUGCGACUCCGGCAAAAGUUGUGCGAUUAUCGAAGACAACGGACUUAGCGCGGCGUUCACCAUUGCACAUGAACUCGGACACAUAUUCAACAUCCCACACGACGACGAGCGAAAAUGCGCACAGUACAUGCAACUGGCCAAGCACAAUUUUCACAUCAUGGCUCCAACACUCGAGUACAACACCCACCCAUGGAGUUGGAGCUCGUGCUCUAGUGGCAUGCUCGAACGCUUUCUUGACAACAAUCGCGGACAGAUUCAAUGUUUGUUUGAUCAACCAGUACAGCGCAAGUAUUACGAACAACUAUUUGAAGAGGAUGCACCCGGAAGAAAGUACGAUGUCAGCCAACAAUGCAAAUUCGUCUUUGGACCUCAAUCAGAACUUUGUCCAUAUAUGCCAACUUGUCGUCGUCUCUGGUGUGCAACGUAUUACGGUAGUCAAAUGGGUUGCAGAACACAGCACAUGCCAUGGGCUGACGGAACAAUUUGUGACAAAACCGGACGCAUGCAAUGCCAUCGCGGAGAAUGCGUGUCGAUGGGAGCCGAACAUCGUGCUAAAAUCGACGGUGGUUGGGGAGAAUGGAGACCGUGGGAGACUUGCAGUCGAACAUGUGGUGGAGGAGUUCAAAGGGCUCUCAGAGAUUGCGACAAUCCAAAACCAGCAAAUGGAGGCAAAUACUGUGUUGGCCAACGUGAACGAUAUCGCUCUUGCAAUGUGGCCGAUUGUCCUUGGGAUACUCCAGGAUUCCGCGAGAUUCAGUGUUCUGAAUUCAACAACAAGGAUGUGGGCAUCCAUGGUAUUCCAACAAAAACCACAUGGGUGCCGAAGUACACAGCUGUGGCGGAUAAUGAACGUUGCAAAUUGUAUUGUCGGGUGGCUGGAAGUGCUGCAUUCUAUCUACUGAGAGAAAGGGUCAUCGAUGGUACUCCUUGUGAUAGAAACGGCGAUGACAUCUGCGUCGACGGAACUUGCAUGAAAGCGGGAUGCGAUCAUCGUUUAUACUCAACGAUGAAGCGCGACAAAUGUGGUAUCUGUGGCGGAGACGGUACAACGUGUAGAACUGUGAAGGGCACUUACAACGAGAGAGGAUCGUUCGGAUAUAAUGCGGUAAUGAAAAUCCCUGCCGGUUCAGCAAACAUCGAUAUCCGACAGCAUGGCUACAAUAAUCAGAAAGAUGAUGAUAACUAUCUUUCUCUGAGAGCAUCGAAUGGCGAAUUUUUGCUGAAUGGUCACUAUCAAGUCAGUGUAUUCCGUCAGCAAAUUCCCAUACAAGAUGUGAUUCUCGAAUAUUCUGGCAGCGACAAUGUCGUCGAAAGGAUAAAUGGGACCGGACCUAUUAGGAUCGACAUUUAUGUCCAUGUUCUCUCUGUUGGAAAUUUGCUACCACCGGAUAUCAGUUACGAAUACAUGACCGCUGUCGAUACUCCAAAGCAAAUCCCAGUCGUGAGCAACUAUGACUGGAGAUUGUCUGACCAAUGGAGUCCAUGUGACAGGGUAUGCCAAGGCACACAAACCCAAGAGAUCGUCUGCGUUGACUCGUCCAACAACCGUCAGGCAAACGAGCGCAUGUGUACCGGGCGACGUCCGCAAAUCAACAAGCGCAUGUGCAACCUGGAUUGCAUAGCUAAAUGGUUGACGGAAGAUACGUCACAUUGCUCAGCACAGUGUGGUUCGGGUGAGAAAAAACAACGCGUGUUUUGUGUGAAAAUUGAAGGUGGCCGACAGACAGUUACCAGAGACGAGGACUGCGAUCGAGCGAGUAGACCUUCCGAACGAGUCACUUGUUUUGUGGACUGCUCAGGUCGUCGUUGGAGCUACAGCGAAUGGUCGCCUUGUACCCAAACCUGUGGUUCCAAUGGAAUGUCGCGUCGAAAAGUAGUCUGCGUGGACGAUCACAAUCGUGUCGUGCCGGACCACUUAUGCGUUGGGGAGGCAAAGGAACUUCUAGAAAAAGAAUGCAACAGAUUUCCUUGCCCAAGAUGGGUCUACGGACAUUGGUCGGAGUGCUCUCGAUCGUGCGACGGUGGAGUUCGCAUGCGACAUGCGCAAUGUAUGGAUGCUGCCGAUAAGGAAACUCAUCAUUCACACUGUGGUCCUAAGCAUGAUAGAGAACCAUGUAAUGAGCACAUGUGCACGGCAUGGUCAUUCGGUCAGUGGUCAUCAUGCUCGGUUACCUGUGGUGACGGUAUCCAAACAAGAGAUGCGAUUUGUGUGGAUAGGGAUGGACGGCAACUCGAUGCUGGAAGGUGUAACUACCGUGAACGUAUUGUACAAAAACCAUGUUCUCGUCCAGCUUGCCCAUCCUGGAAAAUUGGCGAAUGGAGUCCCUGCAGCGUUUCCUGCCAAGAUGGUUGGUCUACACGCCGAGUAUCAUGUGUCAAUGCCUUUGGUGAAGACGUCCGAUCCGAGUUGUGUCAGGCACGAGGAGAUCAACCGGCUACACAUCGACAGUGUAACCAAGGCCCUUGUCCGUUUUGGAGAACAACCGACUGGAGUGCGUGUUCGGUCUCGUGUGGAUCCGGUGUGCGACGACGUACGGCGGAGUGUAUUUAUCGCGAACAAGUCGUCGAUCAGUCCUUCUGUGGAGAUGCAAGUCCGCCAAGCACUCAGCAACCGUGCAAUUUGGUGCCCUGUACCUCAUGGGAAGUCUCAACUUGGGGACCAUGCUCCGUCACAUGUGGGAAUGGAACACAAACCCGACGUGCUCAUUGUGUGUCAGGCCCUAAAAAAGAACCUGUGAAGGACUUCUUGUGUGACAAGUCUUCUCGCCCGCGUGAGCGAAGAACUUGUGAACGAGAUGCUUGUGAGACGCGUGUGUCAAGCGUAGUGUUCGUUCCACCGGCCGAUGUUCCACCUAUCCGAUGGGCCACAGGACCAUGGUCCGAAUGUUCAGUACCAUGUGGUAAUGGCACUCAAAGGAGAUUGGUAGUAUGCCGUGACCAUCAACGUGAUCUACCUUCAGAAUACUGUAGAGAUUUGGAGAAAGUCGAAGAUCAACGUUCCUGCCGUAUUAAAGUGUGUGCAUACUGGCAAACUGGUCCUUGGAACCCGUGUCCAGCUACCUGUGGUAUCCACGUGCAUCAGACCCGAAGUGUGAAGUGUGUUGCUCAGAAUCCAUUUGAAGCCGCAAACGAAACAGACUGUAACGUUGCUGAAAGACCAUCGUCAAUGCGCUCGUGUAAGCUGGCCGUCUGCCCCAAGGGUGAACCACCGCUUGGCAGAUGGCUUACGGGAGAGUGGACUAAGUGCUCGGUGACAUGUGGUGGAGGAUGGCGACGUCGUUCUGUGAGCUGCGAUGGUAUCAUCUGCGACGAUGCGAUGAAGCCGAGAAUGUUCGAUGAGUGUAAUGUUGUAGCCUGUCCACCGAUGAGCAAUAACACAUGGCAGAUAUCCCCUUGGACACAUUGCUCGGUCACAUGCGGUGGUGGAGUGCAGCGACGUCGUGUGUGGUGUGAAGAUGCGGUCACAGCACAGUCUCAAGACGAGGGUGAAUGUCGAGACGCAAAACCGAAGACAGUACGAGAUUGCGAGCUACCGCCAUGUCCAAUUCCUCAACGUCAAUCGCCAGCCGUUUGGCAAGCGGCUCCAUGGAGUCCGUGUUCCGCGAAAUGCGGACGCGGAGUACGACGACGAACUGUUGCAUGCAUCGACUUGGCCACGAAUGCGACUGUCGCCAGCUCGCGCUGCGACCCAGCGUCACGACCGGUUGACGAGCAUAAGUGCCGUGUCAUGCACUGCCCACGAUGGAGAGGAACGCCAUGGUCGACGUGUUCAACGACAUGUGGACAAGGAGUGCGACACCGAGAAGUAUUCUGCCAACGGGGACGUCGAAUGCGAGCACCCGACUCGGCCUGUGAUCCUGCUCGCCGUCCUGCGACUACGGCAAACUGCUACCUGACUGCAUGUCCAGCCUAUCACUGGAGCACCACACCGUGGUCCAAGUGCUUGGAUUCGUGCGCGAGGGGGGAUCAGCAUCGCCGCGUGUACUGCGUGAAUAACGCAGGUAAACGAGCUGCUCCACGAAUGUGCGAUGCCGUACAAGCUCCGCCCAAUCGACGUCCUUGUGAUAUUUCCAAAUGCCCAUACGAAUGGGUGCCGGGUCCUUGGAAUACGUGCUCAAAGACUUGUGGUAAGGGUACCCAAUUUCGCUUCGUAGAAUGUCGUGUAAAAACUCCAAAUGCUACCAAAUACAGUGAGCCUGCUGUGCCUAAAGAAAAAUGUGAAGCUUUGCCAAUGCCAACAGAAGCACAAGAGUGUAAUCUAAAUGCUUGCGAAUCCGAGUUUCAAUGGCAGAUUGGCCCUUGGGGAGCGUGUUCCCAAACUUGCGGUCAAGGCGUUCGCCGUCGAAAAGUUCGAUGCUAUAGCCGUCAGGGUGUACUGGUUUCUCGAAGUAAAUGUGAACAGAAUUCACCUCGUCCUCGUCGAACUCAAACUUGCUUCCAGAGGAACUGCCUGCCAGCUACAUGUCAAGAAAUUCGCGCUCAAAACUUGCUGACACAUUCGAUCGAUGGCAAUUAUACCGUUCUUCUGGAUGGAUUCCCUGUUACGGUGUACUGUCAUCGUAUGAAUGAAACCAUUCCGAAAUCCUACAUCAAUCUCAAUCCCAGCAGCAAUUUCGCUGAGGUCUACGGUAAACGCUUGAUCUAUCCUCAUACCUGCCCAUUCAACGGAGAGAGAAACGACUCAUGUCAGUGUUCAGACGAUGGCGAUGCAAACGCCGGUUUAACCCAUUUUCGUAAAGUUCGUGUCGAUUUGCUCAAUCGCAAAAUCAACAUAAACGACAUGACCUUCGCCGAUACGCUACACGGCUCUUUCGUCCCUUAUGGUACGGCUGGCGAUUGUUACAGCAUGAAAGAUUGUCCUCAGGGUCGAUUCUCAGUGGAUCUCCGGGGCACCGGGUUGAGAAUAGUGGAUGAUCUGCAGUGGGAGGACAAAGGUCAUCGGACAACUUCGAGAAUUGACCGAUCAUCGAACAAUGCCGUUAUCGAGGGACGAUGUGGUGGUUACUGUGGCAAAUGCGCUCCAGACAAAUAUAAAGGACUCGUCUUCAGCAUAGAUCAAAAGCAAUUGAAUGGUGGCAGCUGAUGAACAUGCGAUCCAUACACUCAAAGAUAUUCCAGCAGACUCACUGCAUAGCUUUCGUGUGCAUAGUCAAAAUGUUAAAUAGUUGUGAUUCGUCGUGUUUUUCUUAUUUUUUUUCUAUUUUUUUUCACAUCUCUUUUAUGUGCCGAUAUAGCCAGACUUUCCCUCUGAUUUACCGACACUAGCCACAACUAAUUCAGUCUCACUCAUACACUGCCCACGAAUCAUUCGAUAUCAUUCUGUCUACCAUAUAUGGUGGUAAUUGCUUUCAGAAACAUUGUAAGAGUUUUUAGUUCAACUUGUCUUUUGUUUUUGUUGAUAUGAGUGGUUUUUGUUUUAGGCCUUUUUUUAAAGAAUUAUUCUUGCCUUUCAUUCAUGCGCUGCUUUCUCGUGCUCAAAAAUAUUAGGCAUGUUGUAUGCAUUUUGUAAGCUGCGUUUAGAGCUGUGCGUGCCAGCGCCCUUUCAGCGCCGUGCCGGAACCACGUCGGGCGCAUAGCUUACUAUUGAUCAUUCGAACUCCGGGGGAGUUCCAGUACGGCGCUGGCCUGGCGCCGAACAACCCUGGGCGCAGCCUUAUUGCUGACGUCUUUUAGUGAUUGAUUGUACCACAGCUUCCGUCAUUUAUUCACGGUAUCCAAUCUUACUCCAACUGAGAUAUCACGUCUAUAGUCACCCUGUGUUCCAUUACGUAGAAAACACAUUCUUUACCUUGGUAAAUCCGCCGCGCGAAUUUCACAUGUCAUGCUGCCGCAACUGCUUUGUCUCUCAUAUAGACCAGUGCUACGGUUGUUUCACUCAUCAUUAUUCACUGUCACACGUUCAUGUCAUACGUGCUUUAAAUUU